AUGACGGAGAAAGAUGCCGCCCAGCAGCGUGCCAUUCUCACGAGGAAGCUGAGCCCGCAUUCCAUGCCUGGCGAUAGGGGCAGCAGCAGGGGUAGCUACGAGACAGGCGAGUCGAGUGCCGCCGGAAGCCUCCUCAACGACACGACGCUUCUGCCAUCGCCCGACGAGUCCAGCGGUGCGCGCCGCCCACUUGCAUCGAGCCCGAGAGAUGCUGAACAUACAAAUGGAUAUCAUGGGGGAAGGGCCGACGCCAGGAAGCAGCAGCAGAGAGCUCCUAGGCAUCGCUCUAACGGAGCCUUUUUGCUGCAGGAUGCCUUUCGCAACGAUGACGAUUCCGAGGAGGAGGAGCAGGCACCCCGACUACGGCACACAACGCGAAACAUACCACCCAGCCGGAGAACGAAAGACUCGGGAAGGGCAUCAGACAGGUCUGGAUCCAGUGCUGGUCGCGAUGCCGGCUACGGACUCGCUGGGCUUGAGAGCCCGCCAAGGCGGAAUGGCGAUUCGUCACCGCCGCAACCUACGAAUAAACUGACGGUCAGGAAACGGGAUGCGCCCAACGGCAGUAGACCGUUGUCGGGAACAAGCUUCGCGCCGCCUGCGAAUGCCCCACUCGAUAUCGAUUCGGCGCAGAUCGUGAAUAUGGCUCUUAACUUGAGCGAAUCUCGACGGCAGGUGUCGCGAAGGAUCGCCCCACCUCAGGCUGUGCCGACGCUGGCACAACUUCCAGACGGAACGACGGGCGCCAACCUCAAAAACCAUUUGCAGAAACAGAGGAGGAUGUCGAGGACGAGGUCCCCAGGCCCUGAAAAGGCACUGACUCCGCGAUUGCCCUCGACGGGGAUGCUUAGCAGCCCGCUGCAGGCGACAUUCGACAUGAGCCGGGAAGGCACCUUUCGAAACCACUUUACCGCGUCGACCUUGGCACGAGUACAAAAGGCAAAGGAGCACCUGGAGCUGAUGGCCCAAUACAGGCGCCUGUUGGAGCUGGUUCCACCCAUACAGUCGCACAACCAGAGCCGCCCAACGACCGCCAGUCCGCCCACGUCCUCUGGAGGAGUUGCGAGGAUUCCUACAUAUGGCAGUGCCGAUGGCAGCGUGCGGCUGGGGCGUCCUUACAAUCCUUUACAAUACAUCCGUAAUAGAAAGGUGCGGGCUCGGGAACGCAAGGCGAUCGAUGGCGAAGCCCAGGGUUUUGGAGACUUCAUCAAAGUCGCCGACUGGGUUGAUGAGGUGGCCAAAUGGGCUGCGACGGGCCAGACCAGUACGGAUGGCUGCACACUGCCGCCUUUCACGGAUGCAGACGUGGUGGAGCAGCAAAACGCCCUUCAAGCUACCACCAGUGCCAACAAGCCGAGAAGGCCAAGGCUGGAUUGGACCAUUGACGCAGCGGACCUACUCGCCGAUGUGUAUUGGCUGGAGCAAGAUCACCACAAGCAGCUGAUUGAAGAUCGUCACUGGCGCCGAAUCUUCCCCCAGAACGUCGAACUGCAUAGACCUUUGUCUAGGCAGAAUGAAGAGUAUGGCAGCGAAUCAGGACAGACACCAGGGCGUAAGGAAUACGAAGGAAUAGGUACCGUGAUCGAUCCGAAAUCCAGCAACCCAGGGCUUGCCAAGUCGGACACGGAACAUUCUACAGCGAGCGCUCGAGAGCGUGCCCGCCAGAAGCUGCAUGAUCUUACUGGUCAUCAUCAUCAUCACCACCACCGGCACAGCAACUCCGUGCAUAGUCACUAUGACUGGAAGAACGGCAAGAACUCGGUUUCUGAUCUGUCUGAGAGCGAGAAUGAAGGCAAGCUCAGAAAGGAGAGGAGGAACCGGGCAGGUACGCUCACCAGCAGCCAUCAAGACAUCUUAGAGAAGCAGAUGCUUGAAAUGAUUGCCAAGGAAGCGUGUGAAAACGGCCCCAAGAAGCCGGAUGGAUCAGGUCGGAAGGCAUCUAUCGUGGAGGCGAGCGAGUCUGAUGAGAGGAAGAGUAAGGAAAAGCCUCGCUUCACUCCACAGCACCUUCAACGCGGCAUGGGAAGGCCAAGUCUAGAGAUCCCGGUGCCGGCAAGGAGAACCUCGUUCGAAGUCGACUCGUCUCUCCCCAACUCCCCAGACGGCGCCAUUCGUGGAGAUCCCUUCAUCCCCGCGCUCGGCGGAGAUCUUUCACCCGGGUCAAGUCGGGCGAACUCCCCUACUCGAAACCCGUUUUCCAAGGUCAAACAAAUAUUCCGCGAGCGUAGCAAGGAAAGAGGCUCGCGUAUUUCGGAAGAGAGAUCCAGCGCGGAGGAUCUGGCCAGCGUGUCCAAGACGCCAUUUGAAGUUUCGCCUGAAUCCUCAGGAGAUCGAAAGUCUAUGGACAGAAGGGGCUCUUCUAGAAGUCCGUCUCGGAAGGUUGUUCAACGUCCAACAGGCGAAAGCCACAAGUCUCAUCGCAGCACUGCUAGCACCAAGCUGCGCAGUGACGACGCGGGAAUGCGAGGGUUAUUCAAAGGGGCUCGUAUCGACAAUGUUAUACGUGGUGGCGUGUCAAAGCUUGGUGAUUUGAUCUGGCGUAAAGAGUCGGAUACUGGCGAUGGCCCGUCCGAAGCCGAAGGCACCACGACGGAUGAAUCAGACACCGAGCAGAGAGGCAGGAAAAGAGGAGAGACGCCGCUCUCGCGGACAGCCUCGAUCAGAAGUCAGAGUAUGCGCCAGCAGAACGGCAAGAACUACCUCGACAUCAUGCCUGCCUUCGAGUCUUCCCACGAGAAACUGAGGCACAUUGAGAGCGAGCCAGCGAGACUUCCAGACACAUCACCGCCGUCAGCAAGCCGUAAGUCGCCUCGCUUUGACAGGCUGAAGCCGCCGCGUAUCGAUAUCCUGAGCGCAAGUCCAACCUCGUCACCCGGAUCGACAAAGCGCUUAUCAGAUGUCUCGGAGGGCGAGCCACUCUCUGGCAACCAUAGUGCUGGACUGAAGGAGGCGGACAAGCGUCUCAACAACAUCAUCGCCGUUCCGCCCUCAUUCCCACCCGAUGGCCGUCCUGGAUCUUCCUCCAACCGCAGUCGACACUGGUCCAUUUCUGACCACAGCCCCGCCCCUGACCGGGCGCCCAUGUCGAAGCGUGAAGUUGCCCGAUUGCGUGCCCUGGUUUUGAGCUCCGGUAUCAAGGCCAUGGAAAUUACCCGCCGAGCCAACGAGCCCCAUCUCGCGUUCGUAGCCCGAAAAAUGCCGUCUCAGAAUGACCUACAGGUCGCAAACGUGUUCUGGCCCACGAUCGCGGAGCUCAGCCCCGACCCCGCCAGUCUACGCAACAAGGCCGUACCGCAGACGGAGCUGUACCAGUUCGCCGCCAAAACCCUCGGCAAAUCCAUUCAGUGCGCCGGCCAGGACUGGCAAAAGACGGCGGACCACUUUGUCGCCGAGACCGUCCCGGCCCUUCACCGUCGCGUGGAGGAUGUUCGCCGGCGGGUAGCGACGGACCUCUCAGCGAUGACGCGCGCGGCGGCCGACGAGGCGGACGAGACGAGUCGUGAUCUCACGCUGGGUCAGCGGCUCAAAAUUAAGCACACGCUCGAUGUCAUUGAGGCCAUGCUGCGAAGGCGCAGACGUAGGUUCCGCUGGGUCCGCCGCGCUAUGUGGCUUGCUGUCGAAUGGGUGCUUGUCGGAUUCAUGUGGUACGUGUGGUUUGUCGUCAUGAUCCUGAGGGUGUUUUGGGGUGUUGGGCAGGGAGCCGUCGGGGCUGUUCGGUGGCUGCUGUGGUUGUGA